GGAAAACAAAUACAAAUCCGUGGAGUAAAGUUAAAAGUAAAAGAAAAUAAGAACGCAACAGAGAUUUAAUUUUAAUGUCGCAGUAAAUUUGUGUGCUGGCAAGAAGCAGCAGCAACAGCAAAAACCAACAACAACAACAUACCAGCAGCAGCAGCAGCUGAGGCAGAAGCUGAAUCGAAAACAGAAAACAAAAAACGAAUACGAACAGCAAAGAACGUACGACGCAGACGUCGCAGCCAGCAGCCUCUCCGCUGUGUGCGUGUGUGUGCCUGUGAGUGGUGGUGAGCGUGGGUGCGAGCGAGGCAGCAGCAGCAAUAGCAACAACAAAACAGAGCAGCAGCGACGACUGCGACGUCAACAGCAACAGUAGCGACGGCUGUUGUCGUUCUUUUUUUUUCGUAAUUCAUUUUGGUUUUUUUUUUGACACAAUUCAAACAAACUCGGAGCUUUGCACUUGAAAGUUUGUUUCUAAGCUCGACUUUGUGUUUGCAGCUGCAGCGUGAGUGAGUGUAUGUGCGUCUGCCUUUGUGUGGGCGUCAACAGUCGCUAGCAGUGGAGAGUUCAAAGAAGAACGCAAGACGCAGUUUGUUUGUUGCCAGCCAAAAUAUAAAAACAAAAUCAAAUUACUGUUGCUGCUGCUGCCGACUGUAACAACUACAACUACAACGAAAACAACUUUAACAGCAAAUAGCUCAAACACACAACAACAAAAACAACAGCAACAAUAAUAACAAAGCAAAGAAGAAGACGAAAGCUACGCAGCAAUAGAAACGACAACAGCUGAAAACAUAUGAUUUUUGUUUGUGUUGCUUUUGUUUUUGUACGCUGUACUCAGCUUCUUCCACUGUGUCCUCAGUCGUAAGCAGCGAAAACACGAAAGAAAAAGUUGAGCAGCGGAACGUUCGGAACUGGAACGAACAGGCUCGCAUUGUUGUUGCUGCUGCUGCUGCUGUUGCUGCUGCUCCUAUCCACCAAUUCUCAACUGUUUCUUGACGUCGUAACAACAACGCCAGCAGAAGCAGAAGCGUCAAGUGUUGACAACAGCUGAGCAGCAACACAUACACAGAGACGUGAGCAGAGGCCGCAGCGGCAGCGCAGUCAGCAGACAGGCAUAUAGACAGACAGCCUGUCACCGUCUCCGUCACCCAUCAUCAUCGUCAUCAUCAUCAUCACUAUCCUCCAGCUAAGCGAGCGAGCGAGCGACAACGACGCUCUCUCUCUACACUCACGCUCUCGCUUUGAUUGAACCAAACAGCUGAGACGGGCGACAGCCGUCGCACACACACCACUACACAGACAAUGUCCGCGGAUUCGCCGCGCCGCCAUCACAGCCAUCAUUUACAUCAUCAUGCUGCAGGCGGCGGCGGAGGUGGAGGCGGCGGCAGCGGCAACAUUGGACUGCGAGGAGGCAUGUCCAUGCCGGCCGUGGUGCCGCCACAAACAGUCAGCGAUCGCUCGAUCCUGGACUCGGCCAUUGGGUUCAUUAACGAUGUCACCUUGGUCCAUCAGCCGGUGCAGGAUCCCAAGGACACAAUCACCUGGGCCCGCUUCGAGACGAGCGCUGAUGUGAGCGAUCCUCGUUUCGGCGACGACUGGGAGCUGGAGGGCAAUGCGGCACCACCGCUGCUACUCAUUCUCGGCUACGGCCUGGGCGUCCAGGUGUGGGCCAUACCCGCCAACGGUGAGGCCGUGGAGGUGUUAUCCUGGCGCCACGGCGUCGUCACCGCCCUGCGCGUGCUGCCCACACCGCUGACAGCUGCCACCGGUCUGGAUGACAACGGGCGGGCCGACGAGCCCGUGGAUGCAUUUGCCGACAAGCGACCCUUGCUGGCCUUCGUCGAUGGGGGCAGCGCUGCUGCCAACACUAUGCUAUCUGGUGGCCAAUUCUCGGGCGGAGCUGGUGGCAGUGGCUCCUCGGGAAUGUCGGGCGGCGGCAUGGGCAAUCCCUCGCAUGCCGGCGCCUCCCACUUCAGUGCCGUCAACUUUGUCUCCCUGAAAACGGGCGUCCAGGUGAAGACCAUCAAAUUCAAGAAUCCCGUGCUGGACAUUCAGGCCAAUCGCUCGGCGGUCGUCAUUAGCUUCCACGAACGUCUGGCGGUGUUCGAUGCGCGCACUCUGGAGGAUCGCCUCACUAUAACCACCUGCUUUCCCAGUCCGGGUAUCAAUCCCAAUCCCAUUGCGCUCGGUCCACGCUGGCUAGCGUAUGCGGAGCACAAGUUGCUCCACUCCAAGCGCAGCGGCGGCGGCUGCGACGGCGAGGGCGUCCCCAGCUAUACGGCGACGGUGCUGAAUGCGGCCAAGUCCUUUGGCAAGGGACUGCGGGAGCUGGGCGAACAGGUGGCCGCCGGCUUGACCGGCACCAGUGCCGGCAGUGGCAACAGCUCCAAGAGCAGCAGCUUCGACUCGGCCAGCGGCGGCGCCGAUGGCAAGCAGUCGGGCGUGGUGACCAUUAUCGAUGUGAAGCAUCCCAUCAAGGACUACAGCCCGACGACGGGCACGCCGCUCGGCUCGAUGAGCGAUCCAAUUAUUGCCCACUUUGUGGCGCAUAGCGAGGCGCUGGUUGCCAUGGAAUUCGAUAGCUCUGGCAUGCUGUUGCUAACAGCGGAUCGUCGCGGUCACGAUUUCCAUGUCUUUCGCAUCCAGCCCCAUCCGGUGGGCUCCAGUCUGGCGGCAGUGCAUCAUCUGUAUGUGCUGCAUCGCGGCGACACGAGCGCCAAGGUGCAGCAUAUUGCCUUCUCGCUGGACUCCCGCUGGGCGGCCGUCUCCACGCUGCGCGGCACCACCCAUGUCUUCCCCAUAACGCCAUACGGCGGCGCCAUGGGCGUACGCACCCACACCUCGUUGCAUGUGGUCAACAAGCUGUCGCGUUUCCAUCGCAGCGCCGGCCUGGGCGCCGACGGACGCUCCAGCUCGCCCAUCUCCCACUCGGAGAGCACCACGUUUGUGCAGUCGCUGCAGCCGUAUCACAAUCCCACAUUGCCGCCCUUUCCGCGACCCACGGUGGUUCAGCCGCUGGCGCAGCUGCGUCAGCCAUUUGUGCUCGGCUCGCCGCCAGGCAGCGCGACCAUGGGCGGCGGUUCGGGCAUGGGUGGCGGCGGCAUGGGCGGCAGUGGCGGCGGCUCUGGCAUCGGCGGCAGCAGUGGCAGCGGCGUCAGCUCCCAUCAGCGUCAACGCCUGUCCUCGCUGUCGGAUGACUGCGGCAAGCCGCUGAGCGUCUGUGCCACCUUUGCCAAGUCGCGCUCCUGGCUGCUGGAACCGCCAACGGCGACGCGCGAGGCACCGCAUCGAGUCCAGCGCAAGGCCGUCGAUUCGCUAUUCGUGAUGGCCGGCCAUGGAGCGCUCAUACAAUACGAUCUGGACACGAAGUUAGCCUCAAAUGUUGCCAAAGAGAAGAUAUGUGAUGAUACGCCCAUUGAGCUGGAGGUGGAGGCCAAGGCGCAGUGGAAUCUGGGCCGACGCAAGGAUGGAUCUCAUGAAAUUAUACCACCGCUAGCGCUGGACAAUUGGCUGAUCAAGGAUCGCCAUGCCAGCCUCCUCAUGGACAGCGCCCAUCAUUUCGAUGAGGCCGACGAGCGGCCCGAGAGCUGGUUGGCUCAAGUCGAAAUUAUUACCCAUGCGGGGCCCCAUCGCCGGCUCUGGAUGGGGCCGCAGUUCGUAUUCAAGAACUACAAUACGCCCAGCGGCUCCAAUUUGAAUCACGUGGAUGCGGAGGCUGUGGAAAUAGGCGUUACCAAGACGACAACCACAACGCUGCCCUCGACAUCAGCGGGCUGUGGUGCGUCGGCCGGUGGUGCAAUCAUCGCCGCCGUCGAGCGUUCCAGUCCAUUGAAUAUGCCGCUAAACGUUGCUGGCGGUGCGAUGGGCGGAGCCAGUGUGGGCAGCACCGCACGUGCCGGAGUGCCGGUGCUCAUUGAGUCCGGUUCAUAUAGCAGCAUUGAGCAGAGCCCCAAGCUGAUGGAUCGCUUUCGACAUGGACACUUGGACUCUGACUAUGGACACGGCGAUAUGCGUCUGAAGGAGGAUCUGGCCGAUGCCAUGCGCGAGUCGCCCUCAACGAUGGCAGCGCGUCGCGAUACCGAUGUUGCAGCUCUCGAGUCAGCAACUGUUGCAGCCGCAAGUGCCGCAGCAACAACUGCAGCAGCAGCAGCAGCAGCAGCAGCAGACAAUGCCUGCUACUAUGACGCCCUGGCCGAGCACGAGGCUGACGAGGAGGAGUCGGCGCAGGAGUUGCCGCACAGUGCUGCAACCAUCUCGGCGCUGGCCAGCGUCUUGCCCAACAUUUGCAGCUACGAGCUGAGCGCCAAGCCGGGUCAUGCUACGGCAGCAGCAGCAGCGGCAGCGGCAGCGGCAGCGCCGCCGCGCAUUGAGAAAAUCGUGAAUCCCUUGGGCACCGUCACGGACGUCCAUGCGGGCAUCAGCGGUGAGCUGCAGACGGACAUGCUGGACGAGGUGGUGGGUCAGCUGGCGGCGGAGGAUUGCGUCAUCCAUGAGAAUUGCGACGAGGCGCUCUUUCGGCCCGUCGUGGCCAUCUUCUGUGACGAGCUGGCCGAGCAGCGGCGGCACGAGGAGCAGCUGCAGCGCGAGCAGCGGGAGCUGAAGACGGCAGGACGGGCCGGUGGGCUGGGCGUCAUGGGCGAGGGACAGCCGCCGGUGGUGCUGGCCAAUAAGCUGAUUGUGCCGGUGAUAGCCAAGGAAAUGGAUGAGGUUAUUACGCAGAAGGAGAAGAAGCAGAAAUCAUUAAAAUCUCAGGCGGCGGCCGAGGAUGCGGCGCAGGCGCAGCGAUUCGCUGAGCUCUCCCAUCUCAAUAAGCCAGUCAAGGGCAACAACAACAACAACAGCAACAACAGCAAUAAUAAUAACAAAACGACAACUGCCAAAGCAACUGCAACUGCGACUACAGCAGCAGCAACAACAACAACAACAACUGCCAUCAGCGAGGAUGAGCAGCAGCUCGAGGACGAGCUGCAGACAUCGAUAAGCUCGACGCUGUCCCUAAAAACAAAUCAACCAAGCAACAAAAAGUCCAAAGCGGCCAAGCACAAGGCUAACAGAGCAGCAGCACAACAACAGCAACAACAACAACAACAGAGCAACAAGAAAGACAAAAAGCAGGCCGAGCAGGAGGCAGAGCGUAGACAGCUAGAGGAGGAGGAGCAGGAGGCAAGGGAGGUACAGGAGGCGGAGCUAAAGAGACAAGCGCAGCUCAAGGCUGAGCAGGAGCUAAAGGCAAAGCAAGAGCUGGAACAAAAAGCGGAACAGGAGCAGGAGGAGGAGGAACAGUUGCAGCAGCAGCAGCACCAAAAGCACACAGAGCAAACUGAACAGGAAUUGGACUAUGCCGAUGGGCUGCUGGCCAAGCGUGCCUCAAUAGCCGCCGUAAUGGUAAGCAGUGCCAGUGCACAAGGACUCAAUCUGCAUGUGGAAACAGAGCAGGAGGCGGAGGAACAAGAAAAGCAAGAAGAGGCCAAAGUAGAGGCAAAGCCCGCCAAGCCGGAGCUAACGAAGCAGGCCAAGAGCAAAGCUGGCAGGAGCAAGGAUAAGGACAUGGACAAGGACAAGGAGAACGUUAGCUAUCAGGUGAAGGUGCUGGAGCUGAUGCCGGCGGAGUCAGGCAGCGCCUGGAGAACUCUCGAAAAACAACAACAGACACAAGAAACACAAACAACAACAACAACAACAACACAAACGGCAACGACAACAGCAACGGCCAGCGAUGCAGAUUUUCCGAGCCUCAGCGGGAAGCGGCAGACGGAGAAAUUGCUGCCAGGACUGCUGACGCCACUGCAGGAGCCGCCGAGUCGUUUCGAUGACUUUUUGCUGAGCGCGCUGCAGCCGCUGGAGGCGCUGCCGCCGCUGCCGGCACUGGAGCCGUUGCAAGGGCUCGGAGACGACGAGCAGGAGGUGGAGGAGGAGGCGAAUGAGGAUCAGGCAACUACAGCCAAAGCAGCAGGAGCAGGAGCUGGAGCUGAGCGUAGUCUCAUCAACUUUGAGAGUCCGUUGCAGGAGAGCGCUGGAGCAGUGCCGCGUAAAAUAACACCACCACCACGUGGCUUCACCGAGCAGAAUCUGAUCCUGGCGCUCUGCGGCUCGCUGCACUACGAGAAUGAGUACGCGCAGCUGCAGCUGCUGGCGGGCAAGGAGCAGCUGGCGAGUGCAGCGAUGCACAAGUCCGUCUGCAGCACGAACAGCUCGUCGGGGUCCGAGGAGCUGCUGCUCAUGGAGGAGCCCAAGAAGCUGAGCAAGAAGCACAAGCGCGCCAAGCAGCAGCAAAAGGAGCAACUGCAGCUGCAGCAAUCGGCCGUGGCAGCGGACGAUGAGGAGCUGCGUCCAUUGAUUAGCAUCAGCAUGUGUGAAUCCCAGCAUCAGCAUCAGCAGCAGUUGCUCAGUGCCGAGGCUGAUGCUGAAGACGAUGACAAUGAUAAUGAUGACGAUGACAAUGACAAUGAUGAUGUGGAUGAGGACGAUGAUGAUGAUGAUGACGAUGUUGCUGCUGGUGCCACACUGCCAGAAGAUCUGCUGCACUUUGGCAGCAGCGCAACGGCACCCCACUCGGGCACCACCACGGACAGCGAGGGUCCUGUGCCGACGACCACGUCGGACGACAACAUCCUCUAUGCCAGCAGCUUGACCGCAUCCUCGUCGCAUGCCAAGCUGAAGACCAAGAAGCUGGAGCAUAAAAUCAAUUUGAUCGCCGCCAUCGAGGCGGCCACAUCGUCGUCCACCUCAUCGGCGGAGGAGAGCAGCGCCGAGACGGCAGCAACGGCGACGGCAACAACAACGGCAGCAGCGGCAGCAACAGUUGCCACAACUGCGGCAGCAGCAACAACAGUUGCAACGGCAGCGGCCAGCGGUGCGGCUGCGGCGGCGGCGGCGGCUGCUGGCAGCACAGCGGCACAUUUGGCCGCACUGGCAACGCCGGCUGCGGCAGCCAGCGGCGGCAGCGCUGCACUGGGCUUGGGCGUGGGCGUGGCACAGGUCACGGGCCAGCCGAGUGCCACAAAGAAGAAGACGAAACGUCGCAAGAGAUAAGAAUUAGCAAUAUGUUUGUUGUGCGUGUUCAGUUUCGUGGUGCUCUGGCAUUUGUACGCCAGUCCGGCAACGCCACACGCGGUCAGACAACAGCCACAGCCGCAGUCGCAGGUGCCGUCGACGCAGCAACAGCAGCAGCAGCAGCAGCAGCAAUACCAACAGCAGCACCAGGCGCAGCAGCUGAUGUCGCUGCCAGCAGAGCAGCAAACGUUGCUGCCGCGCAUCAUCAAAUAGCGCAACAAACAUUCGCGUUACACACAUACACACACACACCCACACAUAUACAUACGCUCCUUGCACUUACGCCCACCCCAAGCCCAACCGUCUUAGAGCCUAAGUAAAUAGCAAAAACCGCACACAACUCUCUCUCUCUCUCUCUCUCUCUUCCCCCUCACUCUCUCUACUACUACUACUACACACUCACACAUAUAUGCAUAUAUAUGUAUUGUAGCCCAAUAAUUAAGUGUGCAAAAAUUCUAAAAAAAAAUAAUAAUUAUAUAAAAAAUCUAAAACUACACAAAAAAAAAACUAUGUGAUUAUUGA